AUGGCUACCUCACAAGUUUCUUCAAAAUUCAAUCAAUUCCUAAACCAUCCAGCAGGUCCAAAAACGAUUUUCUUUUGGGCUCCAAUGUUUAAAUGGGGAUUAGUGAUUGCAGGUAUCAAAGACUUAAGUAGACCGGUUGAAAAAUUAUCUCUUUCUCAAAACAUUGCUUUGGCAGCUACAGGUUUGAUUUGGGUCAGAUACUCAUUCGUAAUCACACCUGUGAAUUAUUCAUUAGCAAGUGUGAAUUGUUUUGUGGGAGCAACUGGUUUGACUCAACUUUAUCGGAUUUGGGAGUAA